AUGUUCCUUUUGUUUAGAAGGUCUCUGGAUGAAUGUACGUUCCCUGAUAUCUGGAAAAUCUGUUCUGUAACGCCUGUUUUGAAAUCUGGUGAUGCUUCGGAAGUCACUAAUUACAGACCAAUAUCAAUAAUCUCUCAUAUUGCCAAGCUAUUUGAACUUGUUGUUUAUCAGUGCAUUAAACGUAGCCUUAAUCAUAUAUUGAUUGAUGAGCAGCAUGGUUUCAGGCCAGGUAAAUCUACUUGCACAAAUGGUGUUUCCUUUCUAUCAUACAUUAUUGAGAACAUUGAGACUGGUUCUCAAGUUGACGUCAUAAUCACUGAUUUUAAAAAAGCAUUUGAUACGGUUAAUCACGAGCUGCUUAUUUAUGAAUUAGAACGUCUAGGCCUUGGAUAUCCGUUGCUCGGAUGGUUCAAAUCUUACAUUACAGGUAGGAAGCAAUUUGUAAAAGUGGCUGGGGUAUCAUCCUGCGUAAUCAACAUUCCAUCAGGCGUUCCUCAAGGAGGGCACUUAAGUCCACUGCUGUUCUCUCUUUUUAUAAAUUCUCUGUCCCAACACCUUAACAGGGCCAAGUGUCUUCUCUUUGCUGAUGACAUCAAACUAUUUUUGAAAAUUGACUCUACGGCUGACCAGGCUGUUCUACAGAGUGAGCUUGAUUUAUUUUCUAUCUGGGUAAAUCGUCUUGGACUGGUACUUAAUCUUGACAAAUGUCACUCAAUUACCUUCACUAAAUCACGUUCAUCUACAAACAGAACAUAUUCCAUCAAUGGCUUUCCACUUAAACAAGUAUUCCAAAUUAAAGACCUUGGUAUCCUUUAUACGUCUUCUCUUUCAUUUAACCAGCAUAUUGAUGCAAUAGUAGCACGUGCUCUUAAGGUUCUCGGAUUUAUUAAACGCAACACUAAACAUUUCACAUCAGUGAAUUGUCUUCGUUCCCUCUACUUUACAUUAGUGCGACCAAUUAUCGAGUAUGGAGUUGUGGUAUGGCACCCAUACCUUGCAAGACACCAGCAUAAGCUAGAACAGGUACAAAAUCGAUUCCUAAGCUACUUAGCAUUUACGAGUAAAACUGACGUGUCCCCCCAUGACUAUGUCCAACUACGUAAAAUGUUUAAUAUCCCAUCUCUCUCUACGCGUCGCACCGAUAUAGAUGUACACUUUUUAACUUCCCUUCUAAAUGGUACUUUAGACGCUCCUAACUUACUUGCUAAAAUUCCAUUUAAAGUUCCUACCCGUGGAAUACGAAACCUAGACCAGUUUUAUGUUCCCCAUCACUCUACUGCCUAUGGUUACAAUCAUCCACUUCACAGAAUGCUCAGAGUUACUAACUUAAAUAUACCUUAG